AUGCCUAAAUUCUUCCACUGGAUUUGUGGAAGGCUGUUUCUGCUCCUGGAUCAUCUGAUGCAGCUACAAGAGCUUCACGGAUCAUUAGAUGAUCAUUCAUUAGCAACUUCCAGCAUGGUUGCAUUGGACGCGUCGCUAUUAGUGUUGCGUAUUUCUAAACAUAUACCUCUUAAGCUAAUUAUUAGCAGCGGCGCCUUCCAAACAUCUGGAGAUAUUACCACCUACCCGGGUAUCGCUACCACCUACCACCUACUAGCCGACACUUUAUGCCACCUCUCCGGCCGGUGCCGUACGUCUCGAUCUGAAAAGGAGGUGAAUGCGCGAAACAGUGUAUCAUUGGACAAGAAAUUGGGGCAGGAGCCAAUG